CAUCAGCACUAUUGUGUCCUCCUUCUCAAAUAUGAAAAACAGAGCUGAUGAUCAGACGUUAGUAUUUGCUCUCAGAAACUCACCUGUGAAGCUCCAAAGCAGGUCGGAGGAACAGUCAGCUUCUGCUUUCAGUCUCUGAUCUGAUCACAGACCAGAGAGAGAAGUCAUGCAGGCUUCAGGAGAGAUGGAAAAACGUCUACAUGAACUGCGAAAGAAGCUGCUGUUACUUGGAGUUCAACGCUCUAUGGGGAACACCUGGAGGAACAUGGAACAAAGGCAAGAACUACUAAAGUCUGCAAUAGAAAACUGCAGGAACCAAAGCGUCCUGAAGUGGCUGAGAGACGGUUCUGAGUCCCGAGCCUUCUCCCAUGUCGUGGACAUGUUUAAUUUCCUGAAAGAACGCAUCGACGUGGAAGAGAAGAAGAACCACAGCAACAGUGUAGACAUCACCUUUGUGGCCCACGGAGCGAUCAGAGACUUCAUGAUCCCAGCCAGCUGCCUCCUGCCUCUGCCCUCCAUCACAGACGUGCUCCUGUAUUCUCCCUGGAACUGCACCAGUAGUGCUGACGUAUCAUAUGGUGUCGCUACAGGACGCAUCAGGCCGCAGCACAGAGUUUUUAUCUGUGCCAAAAAGGACGGCUGUCUGAUUCCUGAUGGAGGGCAUCGGCCUGUGAAACUGCCAAACUACUGGAACUCCAUGAAGACAGCUGGAGAUCAAAUGAUUCCCAACAUCACUGUCAGUCCUCUCAAACCCCCAGAGGACGGUGUCUGGAAGAGAUACGAGUCUCUCACAAAGAAAUACGGUGAACCUGAGAGAAACCGCAUCGUCAUCCCGUUCAUCCUCCCAGCAGAGAGGACGUCUUUACAAAGCGUCCCGUUCUCUGUCGUCUGUUUGGCCGCCUCGCUGGUGCUGCAGUCCUCCAGGUUUCAAGCCACCCUCCAUCUGAGUGCCUGUCUGGGGGAUCAGUCUGCUGGACAGAAGUUUGACAAAGACUAUCUGCAGACUCAGUAUGCCUGCGCUGUGGACAGCACUAUGAUGACACCUUCAGCAGACAUGUUCACUGGAAGCUGGACAGAUGCUUUUAGAGGUUGGUUUGGUUAAACAUCGGUCAGGUCUGAGGUGAGGACCUGACCUGGACCUCACCAACACCAUCACAAAGACAACAGCUCUUCUUCUUCCUCCGCAGGCUGAGGAGGAUCAACAUGGACUCCAGGAUACUCUGCACCUUCUACAGGUGCACCUCUGAGAGCAUCCUGAUCGGCUGCAUCACCUCCUGGUCAGGCAGCUGCUACGCCCUCGACGGUUAGGCUCUACAGAGGGAGGAGAAAACUGCUCAGCACAUCAGCAGGACAGAGCUGCAUCCAUGGAGGACAUCUACACCCCAGGAAGAAGUCCAUCAGACUAACCAGAGACCCCGACCACCCCAGCCACAAACUGUUCUCCCUGCUGCUGGUACUGCAGCAUCUGGUCCUGCACCACCCUUGUUUACAAGCUGUUUGCUGCUGCACUAGAUUUCAGUAUAUGUGAUAAUAAGUUCUUUUAUGAAUGGGCUUGUUUUUAAUACAUAUCUGCGUUGUUGGAGGAGCCUGAGAAUAAAGACUUUCACUGCCAAUGACUGCUUCACUGGAGCUGCUGUGCAUAACAUGAAGAAUAAUCUGGGCCAUGCCUCAAGUAAAGUACUUAUUACCUUUAAAAAGUCUGUAAUAGGGGCCCAUGAAAUAAGCAUUGACCAUUUCUUAUGAUUCAUGUAACCCCUGGGCUCAGAGUGACUCGUGUACGAUGUGGCGCUGAAUCUAUGAACCAACUCAUCAGUUCGCCCCUGAUCCUCGUCCUUCCAGCAGCUGCACUCAGUUUGGAUGGAAACCAUGUGCUGCAGUAUGAAAGCCAUCCUGAGGGCUGUUUUAACCACAUGCAGCUGUUUUAGUGUUUGACAGUACAUGAGAUUGCAUCAUUUAUAGUUUCAGUUAAAAAAAACAUGGUUAAAGUACCCUUAAAUUCAUAUAGUCCAUUAAUGUACUGAAACUACAUUUACAUACACUGUAUGUUAUUUCUUUAGUUCACAGUUUCUACUUAUUCUACCUAUGGUCACCUGCAUUACUGUACAAUGAUCGGUAGUUAAAUUCUAUACAUUCUACAAAAUGUAGCACCAGCAGAGUUUCAUUUACUCUCCUGUCCUUAUUUUCCUAUAUUAUGUAGGAAAACUCCAGCUGCCAUUUUGAGUGAGGGGAGAACAGGUGUAUCUGCCAUUUUGGAUUGGGAUGUGAACACCAUUUAGAUCACUCUUCCCCUCCUCCAUUCUCACACACACACACCUAACCACACUUGUUUGUUGAUGGUUAUGUGCAAGUGUUUGUUUGCUUUAUUUAUUUUUUUCUUGGAAUAGAUGACAGGGAUAAAUUAUCUUAAAUUGUUGAUCUUCGAUCUAUGUAUGUCAAAGUUAAAU